CAGCCGCGAUGCCGAGACUCCCAAGGCGGAAACGAGCAAGAAAGCGACCCAACGCCCAGAAGGCGGGACGGUACCUGCCGUGCCACCCGAAGAAGGGGAAAAGCUCAAGAAGGAGCCCAUGAAGGAGCUCAUGAAGGAGCCCAUGAAGGAGCCCAUGAAGGAGCUCAAGAAGGAGCCCAUGAAGGAGCUCAUGAAGGAGCCCAUGAAGGAGCCCAUGAAGGAGCCCAUGAAGGAGCUCAUGAAGGAGCCCAUGAAGGAGCCCAUGAAGGAGCCCAUGAAGGAGCCCAUGAAGGAGCCCAAGAAGGAGUCCAAGAAGGAGCCCAUGAAGGAGCCCAUGAAGGAGCCCAAGAAGGAGCCCAUGAAGGAGCCCGAGGAGCCCAUGAAGGAGCCCAUGAAGGAGCCCAUGAAGGAGUCCAAGAAGGAGCCCGAGGAGCCCAUGAAGGAGCCCAUGGAGGAGCCCAUGAAGGAGCCCAUGAAGAAGCCCAUGUGGGAGCCCAUGCAGGAGCCCAUGAAGGAGACCAAGAAGGAGCCCAUGAAGGAGACCAGGAAGGAGCCCAUGAAGGAGACCAAAAAGGAGCCCAAGACGCAGCCCAAGAAGCUGACCGUCGCGUUCGGGCCCGUGGCCUCGCCUGUUCUGGACGCAGCUUGUCCGGCCGGCCCUCCGGCCAAGUCGCAGCGCCGCAAGCGCAGACGGCGGCAGCCCAUCAAGAGGCCCUCCGAGCUGCCCUUCCUCCGUUUGCCCAAGCUAUCUCUGGCACCGCUGCGCAACGUGGGUCUGCUCCGACCGAAGGCUUCUCGUCCUCGCAGGCAACCCACGCUGCGAGAACUCUUGCUCGAGGCUCAAGUGAAGGAGCAAGACCUCAUGUGGUGUUCGUGCUGGUGUACACCUUCCUCGUGGCCACCGUGGGCUUGUCCAUGCUCUACCUGGAGACCUUCCUGGGACAGUUCUCCGGAUGGUCUGUCCCGCAGGCCUUCGGCGGAUUCCCCAUGGCCAAAGGCCUCGGCUGGACCAUGGCGUACACGACCGUGCUGCUGAGCGUGUUCCAGUCGCCCUAUAUGGCCUACUGCCUCAUCUACAUGUUCGAGUGCUUCUUGCCGCACCUGCCCUGGGAAUCCUGCCCGGGACGAGGAGGAGAAGGAGCGGGAGCCGCAGCAGCGGUAUCCGGGGUGGCGGACAACCACUCUUCCCUGCCCUACCCGUCCGGCUCCAGCAGCAAUGCCAGCAGCUCCAGCGACGGCUGCUACGAGAUCGGGCACGGCCUGCACCCGUGCGCGCGCGUGAACGCGACCUUGGCCAGGCGCUACUCGUCGGCCAACUACUCGGGUAGAGGCGCGGUGACCGUGCAGGCCCCCAGCGGCCGGGUGGUGAUCGUCCCGACUGCCGAGUACGAGGCGCUGCGGAACAACUGCAUCAACGGCACCCUGUCGUCGCAGGAGUACCACUUCCGGAAGGACGUUCUCCAGCUGAGCUCCAGCAUCGACGAGUUAGGCACCAUUCAGGUGACUGUGGCUGUCUGCAUCGCCUGCAGCUGGUUCAUGGUUUUCUUCAGUGUCUACAAGGGGCCCCAAUCAUUGAGCAAGGCGUCUAUGGGCAGCGUCUGCACGGCAUUCAUGCUGUUGAGUGCGCUGUGCACGGCCUCGCUGGUGCAGGAGGGAUCAUUUCUCGGGCUGCUGGAAUGUUUCAAGCCUGACCUCUGGAAGCUCGUCGACAUCAAGACCUGGCACUCGGCGUCGCGCCAUCUAUUCUACAGCCUGGGUCUCUCCUACGGGGCGACGACGUGCUUGGCCAGCUACAGCGACUUCCAGGCCAACUUAUUCGAACACGCAGCGAAGGUCUGCCUGCUGGACUUGGCGUAUUGCCUGAUGGGUGCGCUGUUCGUGUUCGGCCUCUACGGCAACCUGGCCCAUUCGUCCAACACUGAGAUCGGCGACUUGGUCACACAAGGCAUAAGCUACACUUUCGUCGGCUUCCCGGAGACCACCAGCUCACGCUAUCUCCAGCGGCUGUGGUGUUUUCCCUUUUACCUGAUGGUCUUCGUCGUUACAUUCGGAAGCGAGACCUGCCUGGUCGGAGGUUUCCUCGGCAGCCUGAAGGACAACUACCCAGCGCUGCGCAGCCGCCCAACACUGACUGCGGUGGUUGCGUGCGUCGCCGGCUUCGCUCUAGCGGUGCCCUUCACUUUUCAGGGAGGCCUCUACUUGAUCGAGCUGUUCGAUGGCAUCGUGUACGGAGACCUGAUACCGUGGAUGGGCAUCGCCGAGGUUCUUUCCAUCGCCUAUGGAUAUGGCUGCGACCGGCUGCGGAACGACAUCUACUUCAUGUUUGAGAAGCAUCCGCCAUGGUUCCUCCCGUUCUGCUGGCGAUACGUGUGUCCACUAGUGCUCGCAGUGAUCGGUGUCAACACGUUCAUGCUGGGAGACAGUCGGGAAUUCCGCUACCAGCGUAUGGUGCCGGAGUGGACCGGAAUGGGACAGCUGAUCAUCAUGGCCGCCAUGAUGGUCAUCGUCGGAUCGUUCGUCAUCAGCACACUCGCAGCGAACAAAUACGACCUGUACGCUGCUCUCGAGCCCGAGGCCACGUACGGUCCGCGGGGCCGCGCGGAGUUCAUGCGCUACCAGAUGUACCUGGCCGACCGGAACGCGCUGCCGUGCUCCGUGUCGCCCGAGAGUCGCCGCGACGUGCUGGACGUCCCCACCUCGCCCGCGCCCAGCGCCAGGCCGCGAGCGUCGCCCGGCGGCGCCAACGGGGCUGCGUCGACCACCGCGGUGUCGGUCAAGCCCAAGAUCGUGGUCGUCAGCUCGACGGGCAUCAUCGAAGCCAGCGGCAGCUCGCUGCUCGGAGCUGGCGCCGUCGUGGUCGAGAGCGGCGCUAGCGUCGCCGGCAGCCCGGCGCGUAAGGCCAAGAAGCGGACGCGCAAAUAGCGCCGCCUCCCGGCACCAAGAUGGCCGCCGUCGACCCUGUCUCGUUGUGCGCGUAGCCGCUUUGUGCUUCGGCUGUGCGCGUGACAGUUCGAUCGCGCAGCGAGAAUCCAAACUGAGCUGACAGUUUCGGGUUUCUACGCAUUCUUUAUUUAUUUUUUUGGCACUGUAAUAUGCGCACCCCUGUCGCGUGGGUGCUAUGUGAAUAAGCUAUAGAAGUUUGUAAAUGUGAGAGUGACUGGUACGCUGUGUGUGACACCCAGCGUGUGGUACCUGUAUAUUGGCUUUGUAGUACUGUGGUAGAUAGCAGCUUUUCCUUC